UGUGAGUCUCUUAGCCAAUGGCUGUGUGUUCCCGACCGGGAGUCAGUGGGUUUUGUAGAAACUGGGUUAAAGGAGGCAAAGGAAAGAAAAACAGACAGAGGAACACAAAGAGUUAAGCAAGACAUCAGCCACAACCAACCAAGUCCAGCCCAUCAUGAAAGACAGCAUUCAAAAUGGUGGAUGUCCACUGAGCCUUGAGAGGGACUAAAGACAGAGAGGAUGCUUUUAAUGGAUCCAAAGCUCAAGAGCAUCCUAAAAGGCUGAUGGGACACCACUUAUUAUCACUGAGGAGGAUCAUGUUAACUGAACGUCUGGUUUAAGUCUUCAUUAUAAAAGAAUAAUGUUUUCUGCACAGGGAACUGCUGCUUUGGCUCUUUUUCACAGUUUGCUGUUAGUGACUGCAUUGAUAGACUCUGAUGAUGUCAUCACACGAGACGAGCAGAUCUAUGUUUUGAUUGGUGCUCACGCUAAGUGUGAAAGAAGCAUCAAGACGCAAAAGGCUCUGGUUAAAGACGGUGAGUGUAACCCAGAGUGGGACGGGAUCAUCUGCUGGCCUCGGAGCAGAGUGGGUCAGCUGGUGUCAGUCCUGUGUCCAGAGUACAUCUACGACUUCAACCACAGAGGCCGCGCUUACCGCCAGUGUGAUGCGGGGAACUGGGAGCAGGUUCCCAUUAUCAACCGCACAUGGGCCAACUACACCGAGUGCACCACAUACUUGACGUCCAACCACAGGAGACAAGAGGAGAAGGUGUUUGAGAGACUACAUCUCAUGUACACUGUUGGAUACUCCAUUUCUCUCGCAUCACUGUUGGUCGCCGUCUCAAUCCUCUGCUAUUUCAAACGUCUUCACUGCACACGUAAUUACAUCCACAUUCAUCUCUUCACCUCGUUCAUCUGUCGAGCUGUCAGCAUUUUCGUGAAGGACGCUGUGCUCUACAACAUAUCUGAUGACAAAACUGCUGAGCCUGAGUACACUGACCAGAAGCCUCAUAUGGCUGGCUGUAAAGUUGCUGUUACUUUCUUCUUUUACUUCCUGGCGACAAAUCAUUACUGGAUCCUGGUGGAGGGACUGUAUCUACACAGUCUCAUCUUCACCUUCCUCUCUGACAAGAACUACCUCUGGCCCUCACUAUCAUCGCUGGGCUUAGGUGUUCCUGCUGUGUUUGUGUCUGUUUGGGUCAGCGCACGAGCAUCGCUGGCUGACACGCAAUGUUGGGACAUCAGUGCAGGAAACCUGAAGUGGAUUUAUCAAGUUCCCAUUUGGCGCCCUCUGCAGGUAAAUUUUCUUCUCUUCCUCAACAUCAUACGAGUCCUGGCCUCUAAGCUGGGGGAGACAAACACUGGUAAACUGGACCCGCGACAGCAAUAUGGGUAACUAAUUAAAUCCUUUAGGAAUCAUAAUCCACACUCGUGCUCAUUGCCGUUGUUUGGAGUUCACUACAUGGUGUUCAUGGCUCUGCCUUACACUGAGGUGACUGGGCUGCUGUGGCAGGUGCAGAUGCAUUAUGAAGAUUUUUAUUAAGCAAUGUUAUUUUUGUCUUCCCAGGGCUUUUUUGUAGCCUUUAUCUACUGUUUCUGCAAUGGCGAGGUGCAAGCGGAGGUAAAGAAGGCGUGGUUGAGACGCAGCCUGGCUCUGGAUCUCAAACAGAAAGCGAGAAUGACCAGCAGUGGCGGAGGAGGCAGCUGCUACUACGGCGGCAUGAUGUCUCACACCACCACCUACAGCGUCAGCCUGUCUGCUGCCAAUCCCAGAAAUCAAUCCUUCACCUCCGCUGGAGGUGUAGGGUCAGGCAUCAAGCCCCCACGCCUCAGCUCCCUCCAUCCACCAAACAGCCUGCCUGGAUACAUUCUUCUGAUACAGAAACCAUUAAUCCUAAACAGAGCCGGUUGUUUGGAAACCGGGAGGGACGGAGUCUGGAGUUUUGCACGUCAUACCAGAGCCAGCAAAGGGAAUGAUGAGUACAAAAGUCAUGGAGCGCUUUUGGCAAAGGCUCGUGGAGCAGAAGCAGAGAGCCGCUCAUCUGUCAAAGAGCUGGAGACCAUCUUGUGACUAUUUGCAAGUGUUGAGAUCAGAACUUACUGGAAGAGUGACAUGUCGCAAAGAGGUAGAUUUGACUGUCCUGUAAUCAGAGGGUUGGUGGUUCAAUCCCUGUAGCUCCUCCUUUCAACAUGUUGAUGAUGAGUGUUAUCUAUAAAAGUCCUUAUGUUGAUAAGAAUUUUCAACUACAAGACUGAGGACCUACUAAAGUAAACAUUUGAAGGAUUUAAGCUAUUCAGAUUGUUUUCUGAACUUCUGUGAUUUAGAAACAUUUCCAGUCUCAAAUUCAAAACAACAUGGAUAACAAGUCCUCAAAGUCAAUAUCAACAUUUGACAGGUGGAAAGAUAGCCUGAAAUCCAUCUCACCGGAUUAAUCACAGGAUGGGAUCAAAUGUCCAUUGUAUGAGGUUAAAAAGUCUAGACAGGUUACACUUUCCUCUGCUGCCUUGUUUUUCUGUCACUGUUGUCUACUCAGCCUGACAGGACCCAGAGGGCUGACACAGACAAACCUUUUGCCCCUCACAGUUCAAACCCCAGCUCCUCUCUCUGUGUAACCUCUGCCCUGAAAGCCCUCACAACACCAUUCAGAAUUUCACACACUCCCCCUUCAGGGCUUGACUCACAGAUACAGACUCCUGAGUUGCCGUGGACUUGAAUCAUUGAGGUCUGAGUGACACACCUGCAGCACAAGUCGCCAGUGUUCAUGAGACAAACAGACGGGGAAGUGUGUCUAUACAUGAGUGUUUGCUCUGUGUUUAUAGGAUUUGUACAGUGUAAGAUAAGUCUGGUAAUUUAAUAAAGGAGCAUGCUUUGACAGUUGAAGUAAAGUGGUUUUGGAAGAAUAAAAAAUAAA